AUGUCUUUUCUAAGCCUAUCCGAGCAGUACAUCUCGGAGCCGAUCCAAGACUCGCAACUCAACCCAAUGUCUGUCAUUCAGGAGCUGUUGGAAAGUGUGCGCGAAUUACAGGAAGAGAAUCAACGACUGGCCAACUCUUGGAUGAGGUCGUCAUCAAAGGAGAAGAAGGAACACGAGAAGCAUUUGGUUGAGUUGGAGCACGAGGUGGACAGUCAGGUGAAGGAAGUGGAGACACGGGUUAAGCAGAAGGCCAUGAAAGAGGUCGAGGCAGAGAAGAAGUCGAUGAGGGAUCUGAUGAAGGGUGAGAUGGAGGAACUGCAGUCGCAUUUGUCCAAGUUUGAAAAGGUAUGGUUAAUAUUUAUGCAUCAA